UUAGGUUGUUAGCAUCAGGAAUUUAUUUUUUAAAUGCCUUGUUUUUUAAAGCUAAGGGAAUAUGCUUUGUUGUAGGCAUCCAUUUCUCUUGCUCCCGUGAACAUUUUCAAGGCAGGUGCAGAUGAAGAAAAGGCUGAAACAGCUCGAUUGUCAUCCUUUGUUGGUGCCAUUGCUAUCGGUGACCUGGUCAAGAGCACCCUGGGGCCUAAAGGCAUGGACAAGAUUCUUUUAAGUACUGGGAGAGAUAGCACGGUAACAGUGACCAAUGAUGGUGCAACCAUCCUGAAGGCUAUUGGAGUUGACAACCCAGCUGCCAAGGUCUUGGUUGAUAUGUCAAAGGUUCAAGAUGAUGAAGUUGGUGAUGGAACUACAUCUGUCACAGUUUUGGCAGCUGAAUUACUAAGGGAGGCAGAAUUACUGAUUUCAAGGAAGAUUCAUCCCCAGACCAUCAUUGCAGGCUGGAGAGCAGCCACAAAAGCUUCAAGAGAGGCACUUCUGAAAGCAGCUGUGGAUCAUAGUGGUGAUGAAGUGAAGUUCCGUGAAGAUUUGAUGAACAUUGCAGGAACGACUCUUUCAUCAAAAUUACUUACUCAUCAUAAAGAUCACUUUGUCAAGCUUGCUGUGGAAGCUGUUCUGAGAUUGAAAGGUUCUGGUAAUUUGGAGUCUAUCCACGUCAUUAAGAAACUUGGGGGAAGCUUGGCUGAUUCCUACUUAGAUGAAGGCUUUUUACUUGACAAGAAGAUUGGUGUAAAUCAGCCAAAAAGAAUUGAAAAUGCAAAGAUUCUUAUUGCAAAUACUGGUAUGGAUACAGACAAGAUUAAGAUUUUUGGCUCUCGCGUCAGAGUGGACUCCACAGCAAAGGUAGCAGAAAUAGAACAGGCAGAAAAAGAAAAAAUGAAGGAGAAGGUGGAGCGUAUUCUUAAGCAUGGAAUAAACUGCUUUAUUAACAGACAGUUGAUCUACAACUAUCCUGAACAACUCUUUGGAGCUGCUGGCGUCAUGGCUAUUGAACACGCAGACUUUGCUGGUGUAGAACGUCUGGCUCUUGUUACAGGUGGUGAAAUUGCAUCAACUUUUGAUCACCCUGAGCUAGUAAAACUAGGAAGCUGCAAGCUUAUUGAAGAGGUCAUGAUUGGAGAAGAUAAACUCAUUCAUUUCUCUGGAGUGGCAAUGGGUGAAGCUUGCACCAUAGUUUUGCGUGGAGCAACACAGCAGAUUCUGGACGAAGCAGAGAGGUCUUUGCAUGAUGCUCUCUGUGUCCUUGCCCAGACUGUGAAGGACCCUAGAACUGUUUAUGGUGGAGGUUGUUCAGAGAUGCUGAUGGCUAAUGCGGUUGCAGAACUUGCCAUCAGAACACCUGGCAAAGAGUCGGUUGCAAUGGAGUCCUUUGCUAAGGCUUUACGAAUGAUCCCAACAAUAAUAGCUGAUAAUGCUGGCUAUGACAGUGCAGAUUUGGUUGCUCAGCUCAGAGCUGCUCACAGUGAAGGGAAGACUACUUACGGACUUGAUAUGAGAGAGGGUGUCAUUGGAGACAUGGCAGUCUUGGGAGUAACAGAAAGUUUCCAAGUCAAGAGACAAGUUCUGCUGAGCGCAGCUGAAGCAGCAGAAAUGAUUCUUCGUGUAGAUGACAUCAUUAAAGCAGCACCAAGAAAACGGGUGCCAGACCAUCGCCCAUGUUAAAUUGUCUUCAGUAGCUGAGGAUAUGUGGACCAGAUCUCACCCAGCAAUUUUUUUUUAUGAUCUAAUUUCCGUGAGGUUAUGGAACAGAAGCUUGAGACAGCAAAUCGCCAUCGGUGACAUGAAAACAACCGUCUUCAGUUAAUUUUAACUGAUUUCAGGUUAUAUGUGUUGUGGGGAAGAUGCACUUUCAAGUAAAAUGGGCUUUAUACAACCCUAAUCCUUUUGUUCCUCUCCAGGUUCCACUUAAAAUACACAGAAAUAAAUAAAAAAG